AUGAAUGGCAUGGACGACGGCGGAGACGUGCACAACUUCUCGGACGCAGACGAUGACUUUGACUUUGGAAAUCUCCCAGACGACGCGCUUCGGGAACUCGAACACAAUGCCAUACUCUCGACACAGCAACAGGCUGCAACUGGCCGACUCCCCCACAAGACCAAAUUCGAGUCCAACCCUCGUCAAUCCAAUGCUAAUCGCCCGAACGUGCUGCCUCACCUGCAGAAAGCACUGAAUGAAAGUUAUGAGAUUGACAGUUUCGAGACGAUUGGAGAGGAAAGAGUGCCGACUCCGAUCGAGGAGGUCCGCUCUUUCAUACCACAGAACCACAAGCCUCCCAGUGAGGUGACCCAGAGAGAGCAAUGGCGGCAGAACAGAUUUGGAAAAUCUCAUCCCAAUCCCCAGUUUCGGCCACAUGCUCCUACGAGACAUCAGUAUGGUCAGGGUCAACAGCCCGUGGCGCCUCUGCCUUCGCAGCGAGGCGCCAACAGUCUCAGUCGCACUUUUGGCGCCACCCAAGGUACACAAGGCACCGCCCAUCCUGACCUCGAUCUGUCGACAACGAUGCCAAAUGCCGAUCGCGAUGCACUCUCAGCACGCAUCGCUGAACUGCUCAAGGAGCGCGACAGCCUCUUCACGGAGCUCAAACAAGCAAAGGAUGAUAUUAUGACCCACAAGGGCGAGAUUUUCAUCAUCAGAGAGAACAAAGACAAGGAAACCAAGGUCUACGAUAGGCAGUUGGCAGCUAUCAAGAAGUCGAUGCAGGAUGAGUCCGCAAAGCACAAAGCAGCGUUGGACGCACUGUCUUCGAAACAUUCCGCCUUGAUGACCGAGUUCGAUAUGACCAAGGACGACCUGAAAGAGGAGACCCGCAGAACGAAGGCGCUCGAGACGCGAUUGAAGGAUAAAACUGGCCAGAAAGCGAAUAAUACUGAUAUCACACCUCAGAAACACCGUCCAGCUAAUUCCCUCCGUGACGGAUUUGAUGACGAUGAGAUCAUGGUUGUUUCGCCUGCCAAAUCUGCCACAAGACGAUCCAAGCCUUCGACUCCGACCGCAGCGAACAAACGGAAACGAAAAGUGGAUGCCAGCCCUAUCAAGCCUCUCGCAUUGCGGCAGUCGAAUGAAGGCGAACAGCCACCGACCCUCAAAGGUGAGCCCUUGGGAAAAGCGGAUCGUGUUGUCCCCGUUUUCCGCAAAGACAAGCAGGCUGAGCGACAUCUGAAACUUGUUCAACGGAUCUUCAAUUACCAGCUCAAAGCCCGUAAGGAAAGGCUGGUGGAGGCCUUGAUCCAUUACGCUCUCCCGAGUGAGCCUCAGAAAACAUUCUCUACGACGAUGCUCGACUCGGCUGCACGCUUGAGUGGCCCAACGUUGCCAGUAGAUCUUCUCCAGAUCUUCAUCCAGUUAUGGUCCCAGUCCUUGAAAGAGAAAUACUAUGAAUGCGUGCCGAUCUUGAUCGAGGUGGUCGACUACAUGCUCGACAUUCACACGGCCGCGAUUGAGAAAUCCACCAUAACGAAUCUACUGGCGGUGCUUCAGGACUCGGCGACUAUCAAUGGCUCCGCUCGCUUCAAGCACUCGCCUGUGUACCGCGGCAAUUUUGGCCAAUUUCGCCAGACGCCCGUGUCUGCUCUCAAUCCUCUUGUUGAUAGUACAGCUUGUCUUGGUCUACUAUACAAAGUCGCCUGUCUCGCCAUAGACUCGAAGCCCCUAAUUGACCACUUCUGGCGGUCCAUGUCAACCGACUUUGUGUUGAUGAUGCUGAACUCGUGGCAGCCCAUAUCGGACAUCACUCUUAUGCUCCACCUGCUAGCCACGUCUAUCUUUGAGGGGACCUUUGGCAACAUCUGUCCCGAUCCAUCUACGCAGAACACUAUGGAGACGCACAUCAUCAAUCGUGUGUCCUAUCUCUUGUGGGAGACGCCCAAGGUCGAUGAGGGCUUUCCCAAUCCAUCUCGCUCCGAUCUCUGUCGAUUUCGCCUCGAGUCUCUCGGGUUGUUGAGCACGCUGGCAAUCGACUCGUCUAUGCCACCCCACGACGAUCCACACCACCAUGGGUCUGUGCUUCUUGCCUCUCACCCUUCGGCGAUCGCGCGCAUUGUCCGCUCGCUGUACGAUGCGACAGCCAGCCUCUAUCUUCUCACCAGCACUGCUUCGUUAUAUGCUCAGAUCAUCAAUCGCGGUGUCCGGUUGCUGUAUCAUUUGAUGACACAACAUGGCGAGGAGAUUAAUCUGCAAGAGAAGCUGUCUACCGUCAAUGGUGGAGUGCACAAACAUCGAGUUGUGCUGACCAGGCUCGCUUUCAGUGAAGGAUGGCUCAUCGACGCCGAAGUGACGGAUGAGACCUGUGCCAUGGCCACAGCGCUACUUGAGGACAGUGUGACGCCAGAUGAGGCGGAGAUGAUGAUCCAGGCUUUCCCAGGGUUCAGUGGCAGAAAACGCGAGAAAUCGGGCAUAUCAAGUCGCGAUGAGGACGCUAUGGAUAUCGAAGCCUGA